AUGGCAGGCACCGUUGAACUCGAGACCGUGGAGAAGGAUGGAAAGCAGUUUCGCGUGGUGAAGGAAGGUAAGGCGACCAUCUUGGUGCCUCAGGGUGCCAAGAUUGGAGAGGACAAGGGAGAAGUGCAACAGGUGUUCUACAAUCCGAUCCAGCAGUACAACCGAGAUCUGUCGGUCCUUGCCAUCAAGACAUACGGGGAGGAAAUCCUGGCGAAGAGAAAGGAGAAGAUCCUGGCAAGAUCGAACAAGCAGGGAAAGAAGAGGAAGCGGGAUGAGAAAGAUGACGGCAAGCCCUCGGACGAGCCAGAGGCGACUGCGAAGCUGGUGUCAGAGCCUGCCCCUGAACUCUCAGAAGAACAGAAAGCCCACAAGUCGAGCUUCAGGAUACUAGACGCCUUAUCGGCAUCCGGGCUACGAGCGCUGCGAUACGGACAUGAAUUGCCUUUUGUUACUUCUAUAAACGCAAACGAUCUCUCCAAAUCAGCUGCCGAGUCUAUCAAGCUGAACGUGAACCACAACGGCCUCGACGAUGUCAUCACGGUGACGAACGAGGAUGCCCUUGCACACAUGUAUCGCGCAAUCGCCGACGACCUUUCGAAGAGAGACCGCCACGGCAAUCCGACCAAGUCUCACAAGUUUGACGUUAUCGACCUGGAUCCAUACGGCACCGCAGCACCGUUUUUCGACGCAGCGCUGCAGUCAGUCAGGGAUGACGGUGGCCUGCUCUGCAUCACAUGCACUGAUAGUGCAGUCUGGGCGGGACACAGCUACUGCGAAAAGACGUUUGCGCUCUACGGCGGCACACCUAUCAAAGGCAUGCACUCUCACGAGGCAGGGUUGCGGCUGAUCCUGAAUGCCAUUGCGACGUCUGGCGCCCGAUAUGGUCUGGCCAUUGAACCUUUACUGUCUCUAUCCAUCGAUUUCUACACCAAAGUCUUUGUCAAGGUCACCAGGUCACCGCAAGCCGUCAAGUUCCUGGGUUCGAAAACCAUGAUUGUGUACAGCUGCGAUCACGGCUGUUCGGCAUUCGAGACCCAGUAUCUCCUGCGAAGCAAGCCGACCCCCAACAAGAAGGGCAGUGGGUCGUUCUAUAAGCACGGCAUGGCAGCUGGACCGACGGUGGAUAGACACUGCCAACAUUGCGGCCACAAGAUGCAUGUCAACGGACCCAUGUAUGGAGGCCGCAUCCAUUCGGCAGAUUUCAUCCAGAGGCUUCUCAAUCAGAUCCCCAACGCCUCGCCAGAGGUCUACGGAACUCUUCCCAGGCUGGAGGGCAUGCUUCGGACGGCCUUGGAAGAGAUUAUCCCGGGGCCAGAGGUUGAUUCCUCAGUCGAUCCUAAGGAUGCUCAGCACGCAGAGAUUGACAACUGCCCCUUCUUCGUGAUUCCCUCCAAGCUGGCAACUGUGGUAUCUUGCGCUGCUCCAAGCGAUGACAUGUUUCGUGGCGCUUUGAUACAUCUGGGCUACCAAGUCGGACGAAGUCACUGUCGGCCAGGAAGCGUGAAGACAGAUGCACCUUGGUCCACUAUUUGGUGGAUUAUCACGGAAUGGAUUCGACAAAAGUCGCCUAUCAAGGCAUCCAAGUUCACACCGCUGAUGCCCGGUUGGAAGAUUCUAUACGAUGCCGGGCUAGUUGGUCGAGAAGAUGGAGCCGCGAAGGAGGCCGAUAGCCAAAUGGAAGACGUUGCGGCGGAGGGAGGGCAACAAGGCGACGAGAAGGCGGAUGAACCGAGCGAGCAGGUUUCCAGCCCCAAUGAGUCCGAGUUGCGGAAAACCCUGGUAUUCGAUGACGAUCUCGCUCGACUGGGCCGCCUGCGGGAUGCGCAGAAACUUGUUCGAUAUCAAAUGAACCCUCGACCAGACUGGGGGCCGUUGUCAAAAGCCAAGGCCCAGUGA